AUGUGGUUUUCAUUCUGGAGAUCCAGAGAUCGUUUCUCUUUGGAUGAACUCAGAUAUCUUACUGACCAGCUAAUGAAGGUUCAAGUUGUUAAUGAUGUUAACAAGGACUUCGUCAUUGAGGCCUUGCGAUCAAUUGCGGAGCUCAUAACUUAUGGUGACCAACAUGACCCAGCCUUUUUCGAUUUUUUUAUGGAGAAGCAGGUCAUGGGGACUUUUGUACGCAUAUUAAAAGUUAGUAGAACUUUAGUUGUUUCCCUCCAGCUAUUGCAGACAAUGAGCAUUAUGAUACAAAACCUUAGAAGUGAACACUCGAUAUAUUACAUGUUCAGUAAUGAACAUAUUAACUACCUCAUAACAUAUUCCUUUGACUUCCAUAAUGAGGAGUUGUUAUCUUACUACAUAUCUUUCCUAAGAGCAAUAAGUGGAAAACUGAACAAAAAUACUAUUUCAUUGCUGGUAAAGACUCAUGAUGAUGAUGUAGUGUCCUUCCCACUCUAUGUUGAGGCAAUAAAGUUUGCUUUCCACGAAGAAGGAAUGAUUCGUAUUGCAGUUCGUGCUUUGACUUUAAAUGUUUACCAUGUUGGAGAUGAAGCUGUGAACAGAUAUGUAGCUAGUGCCCCUCAUGCAGAUUAUUUUGUAAACUUGGUCACAUUUUUCCGAGAGCAGUGCAUCAGCUUGAGCAGAUUGGUGUCAAAUGCUACAAUGACUCCAGGCUCAGAUUCAUGUAGUUUGAUUCUUUCUGCUGUUGAGGAGAUUGAGGACAAUCUUUAUUACUUCAGUGAUGUCAUCUCUGCUGGGAUUCCGGAUGUUGGAAAGUUAAUAACAGACAAUAUUUUGAAGCUUCUUAUAUUUCCAUUGAUCCUUCCUUCGCUGAGGAUGGUAUCUGAAAUUGGUGUUUCAAGCUCUUUGUAUUUGCUUUGUUGCCUUCUGCGGAUAGUUAAGAUCAAGGAUCUGGCAAAUACUGUUGGUGCUGCUCUUCUCUUUCAUAUAGAUACCUUCUCACCAGGAGAUGAAGCUAAGCUUAAUGGCCACUCAUUAGGUCAUGGUACCACAGGUGCGUGUGCAAAUUCAAAGGAUAUGGAUUUAAGAGAUGCCACCCCAUCCGUUUCAAGCACUUCACAAGUUAACUCGGGAGAUACACUGCAUCAUGGACAUUGUGGUUCGUAUACCUUGAGGGAGGCUUUGCUCUCUUUUAUUACUGAUGGAGAUGAUGUUCAGGCUUCCGGUUCCCUAAGUGUAUUAGCUACUUUGCUGCAAACAAAAGAGUUGGAUGAACCGAUGCUAGAUGCUCUUGGUAUUCUUCCCCAAAGAAAACAGCACAAAAAGCUCUUGCUGCAAGCAUUGGUUGGUGAGGGAUCUGAAGAGGAGCUGCUAUUUUCCUCGGGAUAUUAUGCGAUAAAAGAUGAACUUGGUAGUGAAUUUGAUAGCUAUGCCAAAAAGUUAAAGGAUGAAUAUGGUGCUUCAUGUGUUAGGAUGGAAGCUGGAACUAGCGCUCAUUCACAUAGAACCGAAGUGCUCGAUGCAUUGGUCAGUCUUUUCUGCAGAUCCAAUAUAUCUUCAGAAACAUUAUGGGACGGUGGUUGGCUUUUGCGUCAGUUGCUUCCUUAUAGUGAAACAGAAUUCAACAGUAGUCACCUUGAAUCACUUAGGGUGUCACUCCAUCAGUGUUGUAGACGUGUCCUUGAUGAGACGAAAGGAACCUGGCCUGAUAUGCUCAUAAAAGUUCUUUUUGAUGAAUGGAGCCGGUGCAAAAGAGCAAAUGAGGCUUCAUCACCCCGUAAAGAUCCCAAGUGCAUACUCUUGCCACAGUGUAGUUUAAAUUCCGAAGAGCUGUUCUCGAGCGAAUCAUCUUUUCUGGCCGGUGAAAGGAUGUGUGAGGUGGUUAAGGCGUUCGUACUAUUACAUCAACUUCACAUGUUCUCGAUUGGGAAUAUUAUUCCCGAGCAGCCUCCUGUACGUGUUCAAAGUGAUGUCACACAAAACAUUCGAGCUAAACAGGCCGGUAUUGGUAGUUUGAGUCCGAAACCAAGCUCCGAAAUCAAAGUUGGUGAUGCAUUACCCUGUAGAAUUGCAUUUGAGAGGGGAAAAGAGCGCCAUUUUUGCUUUCUGUCUGUCUCUUCAGGAACCUCUGGUUGGAUUAUACUGGCAGAAGAAUUACCUUUAAAGCCAGGUUGUGGUAUUGUUCGAGUUGUAGCGCCUUUAGCUGGAUGUAAUCCCCGAAUAGAUGAUAAACAUCCGAGAUGGUUGCAUCUCCGAAUACGUCCUUCCGCUUUCCCUUUUGCUGACUCGGCCAAAUACAAUACCAUCGGAAAAGUCAAGACAAGAGCUUUUGUAGAUGGGAGAUGGACAUUGGCAUUUCGAGAUGAAGCGACUUGCAUGGCUUCUUUAUCAAUGAUAUUGGAAGAGAUGCAACUGCAAAGCAAAGCUGUCGAAGAACGGCUACAACCUUUGUUAGAUCCGGAUACCAUUAUUAAAGAUUCUUUGCUCGCAUCUUCCUGA